AUGUAAAUUAGUAUUAAUAGUUAACAGUUAGCCCUCACAAAGAUUCAAAACAAUGCAUUUAAUGUCUAAUAUUCUCCUUUUAGGCUCUUAAAUAUCAAAUACACUGAAGCUUCUACUUAAAGGCUUAUUGAAGAACCCAUAAAUAACAUUCAAGUAUUUUAAAUCUAAGGCAGUAACUAUGAAGAGCAUUUUAAUACUAAAAAUAGUAAACUACCUAAACAAACUAAAGAAUCAGUCAAAGUUAUAUCUAUUGAUUUAAAACUUUAAAAGAAAAAAUUAAAAUCAACCUCGAAAGAAAACCUAUCCGAUUAUCAAAAAAAAUUAAUCAGCGACAUAUAAAAAAUUGAAUAAGAAAUCCUAAAUCUCAGUUGA